AUGCCACAACUUCAAGUAGGAGAUCAAAUUCCCGAAGGUGUCAAGUUCAACUACAUUCCUAUCGAUUUGCAGCAAGUGCACCAAGAAGACGCUCUUGCAUGUGCUCAGCCUUUGGUUUUUGAUCUUGACAAGCAGCUUGCCAAAUUGGAUAAAGACUCCAAUGUGCUUUUGGUAGCUGUUCCUGGUGCUUUUACGCCAACAUGUACUGAGAACCACAUUCCCCCAUACUUGGAGAACUUGGUUAAACUCAAAGAAAAAAACAACGUUGCAUUGAUCAUCAUUGUCAGUACCAACGAUGCCUUUGUGCUCAAUGCCUGGGCCAAAUUGCUUCUUCGAGACGUCAAACCAACGGGUAAAGAACCCCAAUUGGUGUUUGCAUCCGAUGGUGGAGCUCAAUUCAGCCAGAAAUUCGAUUUGUCAGUGGAUGCAACCGCACGAGGAAUGGGAAUUAGAACCGCUCGAUACGCAAUUGCGUUCUCCAAGGACCGCCGGGUGAAGUAUGUGGGCAAGGAAGUGGACAGGAGUGUGAGGUAUAGUGGGGUGGAAGCGGUAGUAGCAAAGUUGUAG